CUGCUUCAGCGAGCCAAGGUCUCCGCGCAAUACUAAAGUCUGCAACAUGGCGGACAUUUUCUGACAAUCCCUUGUUGGUUCGUGAGGUUUAUAUGUUGCACAGCGAGGCAGCGCAAAGCGCUCUCAUUUUUGGAGUCAUUAGCGGGUAGACUGUAUCAAAAAUGUGAAUUAGAUUCCCCACAACUGUGGAUUUUUUGGUGAUACGAUCAGUUUACAAUGGAAAUUUUCUGUAGUGAUGUUACUAAAUUAAAAAGACGUUUUAUGUAAGUUUUUAGUAAGAAGUGGAUGUUUUUUUGGAAGACGUUUGCAGUUUACUUACAUCUAAAUCAACUAACUGUUGUACUAGUUGAAUUAUUUUUGACAGCAGUCUUUGUGGUUAAAUUACUCAGAUGCUGAGACAACGGUUUUCUGACCAGUUUCAAUCUGUCAUCGAAACUGGCCUUAAGGUGUGGUCGCCCUGGUUAAAGUAGUCCGUCUAGAGUGCGCACCACUGGCUUAGUGAAAACAUAACUUCCCUCUUCUUUUCAAUUUGCCGCCAGCCAGCGGCAGUUCGAGGUGGAAUACGACCUGCGAAUUCUAAAUUUGUCCUAAUAAUUGGUUGCGAUCUUGUGCAUUCGCAUAAACCUUUUUGAUUUUAGACGAGUUAGAAGACUUCUGUGGCUGUGAAUCAGUUCCUGGUCUUUCACUUGUGGUCACACUCAGAGAAGCAAUGGAUGGUAGCAGUACCGUAUUUUCAGAGCAGCACUCCGAAGCAGUGCUUCAACAUCAUAAGUGUCCUGUUUGUCCGUUUUCCUCAACAUCUCAUGCUGCAUUAAUCGGUCAUUUAACCGCAAAACAUAACGAGCGUCUGGUUGCCGUGUGCAAAAUUUGCCAGCAGAUUUUCACAUCGGAUGCGAUAGACCCUCAUGUGUUGGUAUGCAAAGGAAGCCAUUCGUGUCCUUAUUGUCGUGCAACAUUCGCAUUGCCGUCUUACUUGCAGCGCCACAUCUCUCGGUGUCAUAAGCCACUUGAACGUCCAAGCUGCGAAAUAUGUAGAAAAAACUUUUCAUCUGCCAAUGCGUUAGCUGUACAUAAAAGAUUACACCAAGGCAAGUUUGUUAGUUUUAUUCCUUUCCUAUUUGCAGAUCAUUUUCCAUACACUUGUCACAUUUGCUCUGCUAAUUUCGCUCAGAAAAACCACUUGAAGCUACAUUUAGACUCUCAUCAUGCUUACAUUGAACUGGAUGAAGCACCUAAACCUUUUGUGUGUAAAACAUGUGGUCGGGGGUUUAUGUUUAUUGUCAGCCUUCAGCAACAUCGACUGCAGCAUUGCAAGAAUAGUCCUAAGAAGUUGUUAUCAUGCAAAGUUUGUAAAAGGACCUUUGCCCAUCAAAGCGAACUACAGCGUCACAGUGUCAUCCAUUCUAAGUGUUCACCAUACCAAUGUUCUUUGUGUUCUCGUAGUUUUACGCGUGCAAAUUUAUUGAAAACUCACAUGUUGUUACACACUGACCCAAGCCUCUUAACUUGUUGCUACUGUUCUCGGAAAUAUGCUUCUCGUUCUUACCUGCUACGACAUGUUGAGAGACAUGAAGAGAAAAUACAGGCACCUUCGAUUUCUAGCUUAAGCACAACCUCUAUAUCAGAGUUAGAACUGAAUGCUCUAGAUGACUGCGAAGCAAGUGUAUCAAAAAUUGGUGAAGUUUGGGAAGAACCAACUCUCACAAACUUCGGUGGAGAUCAGGUCGUGUCACCAGAUGUCAAUUUUCUACACUCUUUUUUAUACGGACAAAAUUCGAGCUGAUUUCAUAUUAGAGGAGGACGAGUGGCCAGGUUGUUUUAAUAUAAUGACUUUGAAACAUAAUCUAGCUUACUAGUCUUCCUUAGACCGGUAUUUCUGCGAACUUUCCAAUCUUGCUUUUUUGUCUAAAUAAGUGUACUAUUUUGUGUUUGCUUAAACUUCUUUUGUAUUGCCGGAUUACUACAAAUAUUUUGCCACUGAUGGUUAACAGUUUACUGCAUUUUUAGCUUUAUGAGUCUUUCGGAGAUGACUUGUCUUUCCGGUUUUCAGUAAUCAUCUUAGCAUUUCCUUUCCUUAUCGAAUCCUCUAACGUAUUUCGCUUCAGCUUAUAUGUAUUGUAUUUCCUAAAUAUCUUUUAGCUAUUUAAAUUGAUUUCAUAAUUGCAUUUAAAUUAGUCCUAUUUUUCCCCUCAUCACUUCCUGCUUGUGAUAGAUGUUACAAUUACCAAUUAUUAGUGAAUUCAUCAACGAUUAUAAACAGUUCUUUACUUUAAUCUCUACUAUCAUUUUUUCAUUCACUGUAAAACAUCAAUUCAGUUCAUCCAAUCUUUGGACCUUGUGUCUUUCUGUGGAGAUGGAAUCGUGGUUGUUUUUGUGCGAUCCUCAGCUCCUUUCCAACUUCCUCAGUGAUGAAAAGAUUGAUUAAUUUUUGUCUCUGUUCUAUAUCUAUAUUGUCAUCUAUAUUUUUGUAAGGAUUCGAGUUUGUAUACUGCCAGGGCAUCACAGCCUGAUUGAUAUCGUUUAGUUUUUAUAUGUAUUCCUUUUAUUUUUUAUUUGAUAAAACUACUCUGGUGCUAAUUGUACGCAUUUUUCAUGUCUGGGAAAAUACAUGUUUACAGUAGACA